AUUCCGCUAAAAUUCCCAACGAAAACUCAGUAGUCCUUGUUCCCGCCAUUUUCACUGUUCUAUUGUAGUCCGAACUGAUCCCAUACGUCCACUUGGGACAGCGAUAUUUCACAAUGUCCUCACCUAAGCGACAAAAAAUCGUGGCCUAUACAGAGGAACAGCUUCAGCAAGCCCUUUCUGAAGUGAAGAAGAACAUGUCGAUACGUCACGCCGCUAGAAAAUUCCACAUUCCAUACUCUACAUUGCUGACCAAAGUGAAGAAACUUUCAAGUCCUAGGAUUCAUAAACGAGGUCAUGUGCGUAUUCUUAGCCAAGAACAUGAAGAACAAUUGGUGCAGGGAAUUCUUCACAGACGUAUCAAUGGUUUUCCUAUCACGAAACGCCAAAUCUAUGACAGUAUUACAGCGCUUUUCAAGGCUCUUAAAAUUAUCACAUGUUUCCCAGACAAUGGUCCAGGAGCGACCUGGUACAAAAGUUUUCGCAAGAGACAUAAACUCACUGAGACAACGUUGCAAAAUGUCGACACUUGUCGAAAGGCAGGAACUGAAGAGUCCCUGAAGAAUUGGUUCACAAAUGUGAAGAACUUUCUCGGUUGUCGUGGUCUACUGGACAUUGAUGCAUCUCGUGUGUUCAAUUGUGAUGAAGCAGGUUUCAUUCUUACCCCAAGACUAAAAAAGGGGUUGGUUCGUCGAAAAGAGAAGACUGAUUACAGUUUUAUCCCUGGUGAUGAAAACGAAUGUGUUGCUGCAAUGAUAUGCGGGAAUGCCGAAGGACAGUUGGCUCCACCCUUGGUAAUGCUUUCAUGUGCUCGGAUGUCUCAUACUCUUACUGAAUCAGUACCAGAAUUGUGGGCAAUAGGGAAAUCAGGAAAUGGUUGGGUAAAUAGCGACUCAUUCUUCACAUGGCUGACAGCUUACUUUCACCCUUGGUUGAAGAACAACAAUAUCAAGUUCCCCAUCGUUUUGUAUUUAGACGGAUACAGACCCUAUGUGACAUUGGAGGUCACUAAUUUCUGUGAAGCGAAUAGUAUAAUACUCGUAAAUCUCCAUCGCAAUACAGCACACCUCAUCCAGCCCUUUGAUGAUGGCAUUUUUAGACCAAUGAGACUUGCCUGGAAUGACGCAGUCUGUCAUUGGAAAAUGGAGAACAACGGAGAACGUCUGACCUUUGAAAAUUUUGCUCCAGUUCUGCAGAGGGCUAUCGAUUACUUGGAUUUGCAGCAACUCCUUCCUAGUGCUUUUAGAACAACAGGAUUAUGUCCUUUCUCACCUGAGGCUGUGGAUUAUCAGAAGUUUUUCAAGAAUUUAGCCGUCAGUGCUCCUGUUGAUGCUGGGGGCUAUCAAAGUACUCCUCCAUUUCCUGAGUAUGUUACAAUCUUCGAUGAAAACUUGGAAUGGAUCUUGUAGGGGUUUUUUGUAGAGUUAGAGAGAGGGAUCCUUAGACAGGAGAUGAAAAGUAUGAGAUUCUAUUCCAAAUAUGGCAGAAAUUGAGAAUGCGAGCAUCCAGAGAUCGCCCGAUUGACGCCGAUGAAACGGAGGCAGACGAGGAGCGACACAGUGGAUCGACAGUUGAUCCCAAAGUGUCGGAAUGAUUUUUUAUCGUUAUCGGUCUAUGUGCAAUUGCCGACUCGUUUUACCGAUUUUUUUGAAACAUUCCAAGGCUAGUUAAACUCAGAUCUCCGCAGUCAUUUACUUCGCCACACAUUAAAUACAUAUCAACAUCCAAGAAUUCAUUAAAUGUAAAAAAAUUAAGGAAUUUUUUACACUUCGUGAAAACUAGUCCACCGCUUGGGAAACUACUUCUGUGAUUUAUUUAUGAGGAGGAAAUGAUGAGGAAAGUAUCAAUCCUUUCCGAAAUUUAAUUUAUAUAAUAUUGACGAUACAUGAAUUUUUACGAAUUUCACUCUUGAAAUUGUUGGAAAAUUUUGCGACCAAAAAUAUUCAAAAGCAGCCCGUCCGGUUGGUAAAAUACCGAUUUGAGGGUUACAGCUCCUUUAAAGUUAUCAUGUUCAUUAUCAAAUUCAAUGUAUAAAAUAGUAAAACAAUUAUUUUUCGCAA